AUGCUUGAAGGAACAAAUGAAAAGAUAAGAAAGCAUUUGAAGAACCCAAAGUUGUCAAAUAGUAACUGCACAAAGGUUUGUAGGCAUGUUUCUACUGCUUGGCGUCGAUCACUUGUGAUUAGCUUGGCCCUAAUCACACCAUUACAUACCAGACUGUCAAGUGAGAUCCAAGUUCGUAAUUUAUCAAAUAGUGGUUUAGAAAACACCCAACUACUUUGUGUUGAUCUGCAAACAGAUGAAUUAGGGAAUUCAUCAUUUGAGGACCCAAACCAUCUAAAUAUUCUUGAAACAAAGUGGAACCCUUCAUUGUCCAAGAUUAAGAAUGUUAUAAUCAAGAAAGUUUCUGAUGAAGAUUUGGAGACUGCCACAACAUUGCUGAGAUCUUCAUACAACUUCUAUAGGGACACCUCUUGUGCUAUGCUCAAAUGUCAGUUAGCGACAGAAACAUAUAUUCAGCUGGGCAUAGAUGGGGUUGACAUUCUUGAUAUGAAUACCUCCCGAAAGCUUCUUUUGUGGGCCUACACACUGUUGACUGGUCAUUGCCCUAAUAUCUCAGUUGUUAUAAAGUAUUGUGAAGAAAAUGCCAUG